AUGUGCUGCUACAGAGGAUACUAUGGAAACCUGGGCUAUGGCUAUGGUGGCCUAGGCUGUGGUUAUGGCUGUGGCUAUGGCUGUGGCUAUGGCUGUGGCUAUGGCUGUGGCUAUGGUGGCUAUGGUUAUGGUUGCUGUCGCCCACUGUGCUGUACAAGAUACUGGUCCUGUGGCUUCUAUUGA